UUUCACCAACCCUCAGCAAUAUAAAUAAGGUGGAAGUUGUCUCUUCAUGAUCAUCACAAAGCAAAAGUGUUGAACUCACAAAUACACACAGAAGAGAGAAAUGGCUUGCAGGCAAUUGUGGGCUUCUAGGGCUGCUUCUUAUCUUAGGAUCUCUGUCUUUCACAGAGCCUUUUCCAAUGUUGUUAAAGAUCUGAAGUAUGCUGAUUCCCAUGAGUGGGUCAAGGUUGAUGGAAAUUCUGCAACGGUUGGCAUAACUGAUCAUGCUCAAGAUCAUUUGGGUGAUGUUGUGUAUGUUGAGUUGCCUGAAGUUGGAGCCACCGUGAAACAAGGAGACAGUUUUGGUGCAGUUGAAAGUGUGAAGGCAACUAGUGAUAUUAACUCUCCUGUUUCAGGAAAAGUGAUCCAAGUUAAUGAAGAGCUUAGUAGCUCUCCUGCUUUGGUGAACUCAAGCCCUUAUAAAGAUGGAUGGAUAAUUAAGGUUGAACUCUCUGACAGUGGUGAACUAAACAAUUUGAUGGAUUCAGAAAAGUACUCCAAAUUCUGCGAAGAAGAAGAUUCACAUUAAGAUCUUUCAGCAAUCUCCAUGGUGUUGUACAUCAUGUUCUAAUUGGGAAAGCUAAGAAUGGCUUGUUCUCUUUUCUACAUGUCAUGUGUCUUGACUUGUCUAUUUUUAUUUUUCCUGAAAUUCAGAAUCAGUGGGAUGAUUUUUCACUCUUUGCAAUGGAAAUAUGAAAUUGAUAAUGUGGUAAAUUGAUGAUUAGUUUUCUUUGUUAA